AGCCGAAGCUGCCUAUUAAGCUCGAUCAAGAUGACAACCUCCCAAAAGCAUCAAGACUUUGUGGCAGAGCCUAUGGGGGAAAAGCCAGUGGGGAGCCUGGCUGGGAUUGGUGAAGUCCUGGGCAAGAAGCUUGAGGAAAGGGGCUUUGACAAGGCAUAUGUCAUCCUCGGUCAGUUUCUGGUGCUAAAGAAAGGUGAAGACCUCUUCCGAGAAUGGCUGAAGGACACAUGUGGUGCCAAUGCCAAGCAGUCCUAGGACUGCUUUGGGUGC